CUUCGGAUCCCUAAAUCUAGGGCUUCGUCUAUUUCUUCGGAAUUCGUCUAGUCAGUUUCUUAAUUUCGUUAUCAAUUCUCGAUUUAGAAUCUCCGUCUCUGUUUACUUUUCUUCGUUGAAGUCGUGUUUUGCUCUCUUCACUGUGCUGAUUUUGGGUUUCAACAGAUGGAAAACAUGCAGAGCUUCUGGCAAUUGGGUGAUGAGCUUCGUGGACACUCAAAAGCGUCAGAGGAUCACAAGUGGUUAAUGGUUGCUUCUAAGUUGGCUGAACAGACAAGAUUGAAGGGGGAGCGUGUGAAUAACCUUGACCUUUCAAAGGGCCCCAUUGAAACAAGGUCAAGGGAUAAAUUUGGGUUCCAGGAAGAGAACAAAUUUGAUUCUCUCAACUUGAGCAUGUUGAACCUGGACUCUAAAUUUACUGAAAAUGUGAGCAAAAGCUCACUUCGGAAUAGUGUUUACAGUAUGAAUGCAGUGUAUCAGAAAAACAAUGCAAACUUGGUGAGUAAUGUGAACAGUAACAAGUACAGUGGUAAUAUUCAGCAUAACAAAGAGUCCAACAAUAACAGUGGCAACAGCAAUAACAAUGAGAGCAACAACUCAAAUGCAACUGACAAAAGGUUUAAGACCUUGCCUGCAGCCGAGACACUCCCACGCAAUGAGGUGCUUGGAGGAUACAUAUUUGUCUGUAACAAUGACACAAUGCAGGAAGACUUGAAGCGUCAGCUAUUUGGCUUGCCUCCAAGGUAUCGAGAUUCUGUUCGGGCAAUAACACCAGGAUUACCUCUAUUUCUGUAUAACUAUACUACUCAUCAGCUGCAUGGCAUUUUUGAGGCAGCAAGUUUUGGUGGCUCUAACAUAGAUCCAACUGCCUGGGAGGAUAAAAAAUGCAAAGGCGAAUCAAGGUUUCCAGCUCAGGUAAGAAUCCGUGUUAGGAAACUCUGCAAGGCAUUGGAAGAAGAUUCGUUCAGGCCAGUAUUGCAUCAUUAUGAUGGUCCAAAGUUUCGUCUUGAGCUGUCAGUUCCAGAGACUCUGGAUCUGUUGGACUUAUGUGAGCAAGCUGGUUCGGCAGCAUAAGCAAACAAACGAGGAAUUUGCAAAAUAGGUAGGUUUUGGUGUGCCAGCUGUGUGGUUUUGGCAGAUUUUCCGUGAAGCGUAAGCUUGGAAAUUAGUUUGUUGAUGGAUCAUCUUGGGGGAAGUAAAGGGAGCGUGUUGAGAGUGAGACCCUUUUGUCUGGUUGGUGAAUAAAUGUUGUGCUAUCUUAUCCCCUGAAGAUGUUUUGUAGCUGUUGCAUGACAUUUAAUACUUUUGUAUGAUUAAGUUAGUACAGACCUUGUAUGCAAUCAAAGAGACAACUGUUUGUACUGGUAUAUCAUGAAUUUGUUGAACUAAGCAAAUAUAAUUUUUUUUAAGUUUCGGUUA